AUGGCAGGGUCCGAUGUUGGAACAGCCAUGGAUCUUCCCCAGGGUUAUGCUAAAAUAGUAGAUAUCCUUGGCGAAAAAGUAACCGCGGGAGGUUUUCUCAACGUUAUCGGCAUUGUUGUGGACUUUCAAAAACCCAUCCCCACCAAGGGUGGCGACUACAAGGCUAGAAUACGACUCUUCGACAUGUCGGUCUCGGGUGAGAACAGGGACAUGGCAUUCGAUAUUUUCAGACCCUCAAGCCAGAUGUUCGAAGUCGGGGCAGGGGACAUUGUUGUCAUCCACCAGGCGAAAUGCCAAAGAUAUCGUAGCGAUCCUUUGUCUCUCAUAACAAGCUACACCACGGCUAUUCACAUAUACCCAGCAGCCAAAAUCCCCCCCAGUCCUGCACAGCCAGCAUCGAAUCCCUUGAUGCCCUCCAAGCAGGAUUCAAGUCGCAAGCCCUCCCUGAAAGACGAGCAAUACAUAUCUUGGUUCUUCCACAAUGUCGACAAGACAUACAUCCCUGACAUUGAACAGUUCAACAUUCAGGCCACACGCUCCCUCAAUGUCAAGGAUAAGCUUUGCGAAUUAAAGGAUGUCAAAGACAGCACCUUUCAUGACAUUAUCGCGCAAGUUGUCCAAGAACCUUAUGACUAUAACGACAAGAUCCGACUCUAUGUCUCAGACUACACUGAGAACUCAGGCUUUUUCAACUACAGAAGAGAUGGUCAGGUCGACAACAACUCUAGAGACGGUGACCCCUAUGGCUAUACUUCCGGCAAAGCCGGUACACCGAAAUGGAUCGGCCCCUUCGGGAAGAGGACUCUUCAGAUCACUUGCUGGGAGCCUCAUGCAACUGUCAUCAGGCAGCGCGUCAAGAAUGGGUCUUGGGUUCAUCUACUCAACAUUCAAUUCAAGUUUGGCACAAACGGCCGCAACCUCGAGGGUUACCUCCGCCAGGACCAGAAUGCUUUUCCCAACAAGGUUUACGUCGAUGUUCUGGAUCUAUCACAGGAUUCCGAGCAAAUCCACCCAAGCCUGAAAAACGCCAUCAGAAGAAAGAGGGACUAUGAAAAAGAGGAAAAGGCUCAACGCACAGAACUGCAACCAGCCCAGAAGACGAGCAAGAAGCGGCCAGCGGCGGAACAGCCAGAGGACAAACGCCUAAACGCAAAGCAGAGGCGCGCUAUACAAAGGGCCCAAGCUGCGGAGAAGGCAACUCAUGGUGAAACCUCUACAAAAACGUCCUCCGACCUCAACCAGCAGGUUAUUGCUGAAUACCCCGAGCAGCCGGCAGUUCCUGUGUCUGUCAUUCUGGAACCGGCAAAGUACGAGACCGCUCAUCAAGGCGGCCCCCUUCUCCUCGACCUCCCCUUCACCUGUGCCAAAUACCGCACCAACGUACGCAUAAUCGACUUUUACCCACGCAGACUCCAGGACUUUGCCCGCGUCCGCAAACAAACAGAAUGCGAUAUCCUCUCGGACUACUCUGGCACGGAUUCAGAGCCGGAGGAGGAAGCAGUCACAAUCGACAGCUUCGUGGACGCCGGCGACCGAAUCUGGCAAUGGCGCUUCGCCCUCCGUCUCCAAGAUGUCACGGCCGCGGCCAAAGACUCCAGCGGCCAGAAAGACAACAGUUUCUGGGCCGUGGUGGACAAUAUGGAUGCGCAGCUCCUGACAAGUCUCGACGCCUGCGACUUCCGCGUGAAUCCCGACGAACUGACGCGCCUACGGGAGAAGAUGUUUAUCCUCUGGGGAGAUCUCGAAGAGAAGAAGGCAAAGGAGCUGGAAAACACCAGCAAGAAGCAAAAGGCCAAGAUGGCCAAAAAGACGGCGAGUGAUCGGCCGCCGGACAGCUCCGACAAUGAAGAACCGACGAAGAAGGAAAAGGAAGUCAUUUUGAACCGGCCCUUCACCUGCUGCAUCCGCCAAUACGGCGUCCGGGUUAACGAGUCGAAUCCAGACAAGGCGAAUGCAGGCGAGGGUAAGCGGUGGAAGCGGAUGUUUGGGCUUUUCGGGACCAAGAUUUGUGACACCUAG